AUGGGCUUGAAAGGCACCGUUGACAUAGACAUCUUGACGCAAUUGCCGAAUUUGAGAACAUUAAGCUUCAUGAAUAAUAGCUUGGAUGGUCCAAUGCCUGAAGUGAAGAAACUUGGUUCUUUGAGAAACUUUUAUUUGUCAAACAAUGAUUUCUCAGGUAAAAUUGGUGAGGAUGCUUUCGAUGGCAUGAAUUCGUUGAGGGAAGUUUAUUUGGCACAUAAUGUGUUUACUGGUGGCAUUCCAAGAUCACUUGUUACCUUGCCGAAACUAACAAAGCUGAGCCUUGAAGGGAAUCGACUUGAUGGGAACUUACCUGAUUUUUCUCAAGAAAACUUGACUGUGUUUGAUGCUGCAGAUAACAAUUUCAAGGGUCAGAUACCAACUAGUCUUUCUGGCUUCAGUACAAGCUCUUUUACAGGGAAUAAAGGGUUAUGUGGAAAGCCACUGCCUGCAUGCAAAUCAUCCAAGAAAAAGACCAUGAUAAUAAUUGUGGUUAUUGUUGUAUCUGUGGUUGCAUUAUCUGCUAUUGUUGCCUUUGCCUGCAUCCGCAGCCGCCAAACCAAAACACCCAAAUUUAAUGGUACCGAAAAGAAAUUUGCCAAGAAUGGCAUUGUCCAAAAGGAAACUCAAUUGUCAGAUCAGUUUGGUGAUGGUAAAAAGGGUGAUAAUGGACAGUUGCAUUUUGUAAGAUAUGACCGGGAAAGAUUUGAUUUGCAGGAUCUCCUUAGGGCCUCUGCUGAGGUUUUGGGCAAUGGCACCUUUGGUUCAUCUUAUAAGGCGGUUCUUUUAGAUGGGCCUGGUAUGGUUGUGAAGAGGUUUAGGCAUAUGAGUAAUGUAGGGAAGGAAGAAUUUCAUGAGCACAUGAGAAAGUUAGGAACAUUGUCACACCCUAACUUGCUCCCUCUAGUGGCAUACUACUACAGAAGAGAAGAAAAGCUUUUGGUUUCUGACUUGAUCGAAAAUGGCAGCUUGGCUUCUCAUCUUCAUGCUAAGCGUUCCCCAGGAAAAACAUGGCUUGACUGGCCAAGUCGGCUGAAGAUCGUCAAAGGAGUUGCCAGGGAUGGUACAUUCGAGCCCCUCUUGACAGAUUAUGCUCUGGUUCCUAUGGUUAAUAGGGACCAUGCUCAACAAGUUAUGGUUGCCUACAAGUCACCUGAAUUCACUCAUUCUGACCGCACGACAAGGAAGACUGAUGUGUGGAGUCUUGGUAUACUGAUUCUAGAAGUCUUGACAGGCAAGUUCCCUGAAAAUUAUCUAAUGCAAGGUAAGGGUGGUGAUGCAGAUUUGGCAACUUGGGUUAACUCAGUUGUUAGAGAAGAGUGGACAGGGGAGGUGUUUGACAUGGAUAUGAUGAGGACUAAGAAUUGUGAGGGAGAGAUGCUGAAGUUGUUGAAGAUUGGGAUGUGCUGCUGUGAAUGGAACCUGGAGAGGAGGUGGGAUUUGAAGGAGGCUGUAGCCAAAAUUGAGGAAUUGAAAGAGAGAGACAACGACAAUGAUGACUUAAGUAAUUCCUUUCCAAGUGAAGCACUCCCAAGAAAAGCAUAUAAAGGAAGAGAGGAUUACCAGCUUUUUCUCGUAGUUAUUAUGGCAGGGCCCGAUAGUCAAGCUAAAUUUAUCGAGAGCAGUGAUUUUGUCGCCAACUUAUCAUCACGAGGGGUAGAUUAUCUUUUAUCUGGUGAAGGAAAGGUGCCCUUGUUGUCGUCGUGUGAUGGUAAGGUGAUUUGCCUCUUCUUCUCCGCAAACUGGUGCAGGCCAUGUAAAUCAUUUGCUCCUCAGCUUGUGAAGAUUUAUAAUAGCCUAAGAGCUACUGGUAAUAAACUAGAGAUUGUCUUCAUCUCCUUUGAUCGCGACGAGGACGGAUUCAAGGAACACUUCAAGUGCAUGCCAUGGCUUGCAGUCCCUUUUGAAGUAAACUUGCAUAGAUAUUUGAGUGACAUCUAUCACGUUAAUCGCAUUCCGUCAUUUAUCUCAUUGAGUUCGGAUGGAAUAUCAGUUGAAGAAGAUAUGAUUGGUUUGGUCGAAGACUAUGGAGCUGAAGCAUUUCCCUUCACCAGGAAAAGAUUCGAGGAGUUGAGGUCUAUCGAUGAUGCAAAGCGCCAUGGAGGGAAAUUACAACAACUUCUGGCACAUGAAGGAAGAAAUUAUGUUUUAUCAAGAGAUACCAGAAAGAUAUUAGUAUCUGAACUUGGUGGCAAGACAAUAGGCCUUUACUUUGGUGCACACUGGUGCCCUCCAAGCCGAGCCUUCACUGCACAACUCAUCCAAGCUUACAGCGAGAUCAUAACCUCCAAAGAUGGAUGUUUUGAAAUUAUUUUAGUCUCUACAGACCGAGACCUUAAAGAAUUCAACACCAACCUAAGCAACAUGCCAUGGCUUGCUAUUCCCUAUGAGGACAGGACGCGGCAAGACCUUUGCAGGAUCUUUAACAUUAAAGGGAUUCCAGCUUUGGUCAUUAUUGGACAGGAUGGGAAGAUCAUUAGCACAGAUGGAAAGGCCAUAAUUUCCUUGUAUGGUGCUAAGGCUUUCCCAUUUACAGAGUCGAGGAUCACAGAGAUCGAAGCAGCUUUGGAAAAGGAAGGAGAUGCAUUGCCUCGGCAAGUGAAGGAUAAAAAGCACCAACAUGCUCUGAAGUUGGACAUGGCAAAAGCAUAUGUAUGUGACUGCUGCAAGGGGCAAGGCAAGUUCUGGGCAUUCUCUUGUGAUGUGUGUGAUUAUGACCUUCAUCCAGCAUGUGUAGAAGAGGCAUGCUCAGACUCUUAG